GAUGUUCUGCUCCUCCUCUGGCUAACAGAGCAGAACACAAACUUCUGCUUCCGCACUGCUUCCUUGUUUAUUAGAUUUGGGGGAAAACAGCCUUUUAGAGGGUUACGGUUUAUUUUUUCUCCCUCUGGAAACGACGAGAGCUCCUCCACAAGACUUCCCAGCACCGAGCAGAGGCUGUCAUCGUUUGAUGUCCAGGAGUGGACCAGGAUCUGAGUUUCACCACAACAAGUCUUGAGUUGCUGCUCUGAAUGGCCACAGCUGCAGAGGAGCCCCCAGGGCUGCAGGGCCCCUCUGGAUAUUCUCCUGGGACACGAAAAAAUGCUUCACCCGAGAAUCCGAGCACCAGCAUGACUCAGAACAUGAAAAAGACUAUCGGCCAUCGUGGAAUCGAUCCCACUGGGGAAACAACGUACAAGAAGACAACAUCAUCAGCCCUGAAAGGUGCUAUCCAGUUGGGUAUCACACACACGGUGGGCAGCUUAAGCCAGAAACCUGAGAGAGACGUGCUGCUGCAGGACUUUGAAGUGGUGGAAAGCAUCUUCUUUCCCAAUGAGGGCAGUAACCUGACACCAGCCCACCACUAUGGAGACUUCAGGUUCAAGACAUACGCACCAAUUGCUUUCCGCUACUUCAGGGAGAUGUUUGGCAUCCGGCCUGAUGACUACAUGUGUUCUCUUUGUAAUGAGCCGCUGAUUGAGCUGUCGAGCUCCGGGGCCAGUGGAUCUUUGUUCUACCUCUCUAAUGAUGAUGAGUACAUCAUUAAGACAGUGCAGCACAAAGAGGCGGAAUUUCUGCAGAAACUGCUUCCGGGAUACUUCAUGAAUCUGAACCAGAACAAACGGACCUUGUUACCAAAGUUUUAUGGACUCUACUGUGUCCAGGCAGCGGGUAAGAAUAUCCGUAUCGUGGUCAUGAACAAUCUGCUCCCGAGCUCUGUACGAAUGCAUCUCAAGUUUGAUCUAAAGGGCUCCACCUACAAGCGUCGUGCCUCAGCGAAAGAGAGAGAGAAGAAUGUGCCCACAUACAAGGACCUGGAUUUUAUGCAGGACAUGCAAGAGGGGCUUCUAAUGGAGGCGGACAAGUACAAUGCUGUUUGCAAGACCAUCAACAGAGACUGCCUGCUUCUGCAAAGUUUUAAGAUUAUGGAUUACAGCCUUCUGGUGGGAAUCCACAAUCUAGAUCAGGCUUGUCGAGAGCAGGCCAGCAAAGAUGCGGUGGCUGAGGCUGCGGACCAAAGGAGACCACAAGGCCAAAAGUCCCUGUACAGCACCGCUAUAGAGGCCAUCCAGGCUGAAUCGGGGAGCAUGGGAUCACUGGACACAGAAGACAAAACUGGAGGCAUUCCUGCACGGAACGGAAAAGGCGAGAGGCUGCUGGUGUACAUCGGUAUCAUUGAUAUUCUGCAGUCCUAUAGAUUAGCAAAGAGGCUUGAACACUCGUGGAAAGCUUUGGUUCACGAUGGGGACACUGUAUCAGUACACAGACCGGGUUUCUACGCAGAACGAUUUCAGAAGUUUAUGUGCAAUGUAGUCUUCAAGAAGAUCUUAUUGAAGGCUUCCCCAUCUAAAAAGCGCCGUGCACUUGUACAUGGUCCUUUGAAAAAGACAGCUGCCUCUGGGCCCGGUCUUGGCCCAAGAGACUUGCUGUUGGCCCAAACUGGCAGCAACAACCAGCACCAUUCACUCCAACAUCAAGUCAGCACUGAGCCCAAAGAAGACACCGAAGGAGACAACGCCAUGCAGUCAGGUCGUCCCGACCUCCUCCCAAAGACCUUACCGCCCAGCGAAACUGUUGGCAACACUACUGAAACCGCCGCCGUCCCCUCCUUGGAAAUCCCUGGAUUUGCUCCCACAAGUCAGCCUCCGCCUCACUUUCAGGAUACCAGCAGAUCAAUGGCAGUGGAUUUAAAUAACACGUCGAGCAAAGACCAUGAGCAGAGCACCCCCAAGAGAGCUCUUGAAGAAAGUAUCGGUGUUGAGGACGUGAUCUCACUCAGUGACAUUGUUCCUAAUGCAAGUAAAUGCUCUGUAAGUUAAAUUUCUUCUCUGUGAUACUUUUUACUUGUGCUGAGUAUUUUUUUCUUUUAACCAGGCUCAUUGCUUUUGGUUCACAGCUGUAGAUGUGCGGAGGAGAAAUGGACUGAAACAAAUAUGGAGGAUGUUAUGAGCAUGGAGAAAAUGUUACAGCUCCCCUUGGUUUGAUUUAAAGUACCACUUUUAAAAAGGUUAUUAAGUUUAUCAGCAAUACCAAGUGGGACAUUAAAUGUUUUUUUUUGUUUUUGCACUUUCCAAAUCUCAACAUAUAGUAUGAGCACAUAAAGUGGGUGGUUGUAUUCCGACACUAGAAAUUGCGGGUACAUUAAUGCUGUGGUUAUUAAACACUAUUCAUCUCAUAGGAAUGCUUCUAUGCACAACCAAAGAUUGUUCUUGGCACGGAUGUGCUCCAAGCAGCCAGCAUUCAAUGGAGAGCGUUACAUGAGGACUUUGCCUUAUUUGAGAACAAAGCUUCUUUAUUUAAGGGUAGUUAUUUCAAACUCAUUGUCUGCUUCUUUUUUUUGUGUUUACCAAGUUGCUGUAGCACAUCCUCAUUCGUACUUGGCUCUGUAAGUAUUUGUCCCAUCACCGUCCAAGGCAGAGCGUAGAGGACAGUUCCUGCUAUAUGUUUGACUUAGAUGUUUUGUUGCAAAUCUAUAAUAUUUGGACUGGGAACUCGGUUUUAAAUAAAAUGUUUUAUUUUUUAAAGAAAUUACUGUAUUCACACGAGGUGAGCUGCCAUUUUUCAAAGCUUACUCUGAAUGCAAAUCAUGCUGGAAACCGAGGUGAUCCUCAGUUUGUGGUUUCUAUUUAACCAGCUGUUGUAAAGGACCUGUAUGACUGUAAGACUGUGAAUCCUAAAUGUCAUCUCUGUUCGUGUUCAGGUCAAAGGCUUAUUUCAAAGGGAGUUUUUUUUAAUACACUGUACCAUCUGAUACCAGUUUCAGAUUUAGUGUAAACUGGUCCAGAUGUGACCAAAGUACUGAUUCUGAGUUGACCUGGGGGCCUGUCUCAUGAGGCAAAACUAGUAAGUUAUUCAGCUAAGUUUGGCAUGAACCUCGUAUCCUCGUGUCAGUGUCACAGGGAGACCUUGAGAUCCAAUUGAGUUCAGUUGCCAUGGCACCAGACCAAACCAGCAAAAACGCAGUUUGUGUUUUGAGGCUUUUUGGAUCAUUGUGUAGAAAAGAAGCACUUGCUCAGAGCUCAGUCGCCAUGGGAACAUUUUGACUUUUUGUUCUUACAGGAUGAACAAAAACACAGCAUUCACUGAAGAGCACAACAUGACAUUAUUAUAAACAUUGUACAAUCACUUUUUUUAACAUUAUAAUGUAUGAUAGGUGAUUGGAAAAAAUAACUUAGUAAAUGUGUGCAGUAUAAGCAGGUGGCUUAAAAACAGAGCUUCUAAAAGAUCAAAGUGUAGCUUAGAGGUACCUGAGUAAAUAUAAUUGACUGUUUUUAUUGGUUUAGACAGUAUGUACAUAUUCUAACACUGGUCACUUUGUAAGUAGGGAUAUUUCCAUGCAUUGCACCCAUUAAUAUGAGUACAUAAACAAUAACAGGUUAUUGGCACUGUUAAUGUCAUUUUAUGCAAAACAUCUGAACAACAUCCCCCACGGAUAUCAUCAGUUGUGUAACUACAGCACCAGCAGUUUCACACCUGUAGUUCUGCAAGUUCAUCCGGUGCCAAGUAGAGGCAAAAAGUGCCAGCAGUAGCUUUAGGCCUGAAGAUGUAGUCACUUAACACCAUCUACAGGCAAAGAGAGUAACCGCAGUUCUGUCACAGGUGGCACCUUACAGCCAGUGAGUGUUAGAACUGUGUGUGUGUGUGUGUUUUCUGUUUUUAUAUUUUACGUUGGUACUUUACAAUAUAUAGAGUAUAUUGUAGAAUGGAGGUAAGCGGCUUGCUUGAGUGUUUUUGUCUUAAGCAGAUUUUAUUUGUCCAAAGGAACAAGCCGGGGUGGGAUUCACAGGCCAAAAGGAAAAUGCAAUGUAGGUUAGCAGGAGUUUUGACUUUGCUGCUGAAUAUUUGAACAAUAAAUGUAGGCGUUGCUGCAUUUUCUCAAACUAUUUUACACUUUUCUACUAUUUGCAGUAAUGUGUUGCUCAAACUUAAAAAAAAAAAGAAAAAAAAAAGCAUUGCAUAAACUCAAUUCAUUCUAUUUCAUUCCACUCUAGGCUCUGUAUGUCAACCACAUAUUAAAGCAUAGAUGAUUUAUGAUGUAUACUAUUUGGUUGUUAUAUUAUUGUUAUAUCCUUUCCAGCUUUUUGUAUCCAUGAUCCUGAUUUUUAUAUCCGGUGGGUUGCAUUUAGUGUUUCCUAAAAAUGUCUCACAUGAAUUGGUUAUAUUAAUUAUAAUAUUUAACCUUUGUUGCUGCAGUUUCCCGUCAGGGUGAACAUUUUUCACGUAUUAAACUUGCUUUUGUUGAUGUAGCACAUGAUCGGUUUUAGUUCUGGUUAACAGAGGCCGUUGUGUGAGACAGGUUAUCCACAGUCGCAGUGUUAAGUGUAGUGCAGCUGAUAACUUAGAGAGACAUUUUGGGGACAGGCCCCAAACUAUCGUAUUGUUGCUUUUUUUUUUUUUUUACUAGCAAACAUGGCGAUGGCUGCCUGAUGUGUAAAAAUACAACAUACAAAACUGUUUGUCUUCUUCUUGUGACUCAGACUGGGAGAUGUAGUUUCAGUAGUUCAAUUCAAGUUGGUCUUAGCACCCAAAACAUGUCCAGUGUUUUAACUUGAUGUGAUAGUUGGAUCUCAUUAAGCUGCCAAGUUUUACUGAAUUGUUUGGUAGUCAUAAAAAUAGAAAUGUGUUGGAAUUUUGAAUCUGACAAAAUAAUGAAAAAUCAAUUAUUUGAAAGAUGCUUUAACUAUGCAACAAAUGUCUGUUUACUCCAUCUAUAUUCCUGAAUGAGCAGACUGUUCAAUGCAUUCAAGUAAUUGACUCAAUCUGUCAGACAUAAAACUGUAUCUUACUGUACAAACUCAAGCAGUUACACACACAGCCUAUGAACCAAACCUGUAAAUAGUCAUAUGUAUUAUAGUAUUUAUUAUAGUGUGUUGCUUUGGUUUCCACAAUGUUUAUUAAUGGUGAUGAUUGAUUAAAAACGUGCCUUUCUCUCGCACAGCAAACUAGGUAUGCAACUCUGAAAGAGUGAAUCUUUGUUCUUUGUGAUGAUUUCCAUUUAUUAUCGUAACAACUGUUAAAUUAUCCAUUUUUUCUGUGUUCUUUGCCUUCUCUUGCCUUUGAAUUAUAUACAAUACAUGUGUGCACAAAUGUAUACAAGAAUCACAACAAUGCCUUUCACAGAAUAUGUAUUUAGUCAUGUUCUCUCUUGUGUUCUUUUGGGGAUGUCUUGUUUUUUUUGUACACUUGUACCUGGAGUUAUUAAAGCAAAAAAAGGCACAUUACUUUUGUUUCAUUAUCUUGCGUAACACAGAUCAUCUUUUUUUUUACGUCUCUAGUGCUACUCAAUAUGACUACAACGAAUACUGUAAGACGACGUUAAUUUGUCAGCCACCAGCCAUUUUACUGUUUUACUAACAAUUAGGUACUUUUAUUUUAUUAGUGUAUUAUACACCUAUGCAAUGUUGCAUAUCAAUAAACUAUUUUAUGGG